GGGUAAACAACGCCGGCCACUGUCCCCGUACUCGCCUCAGCCCCAGCGGUCGUCCCUAGCCAGCAUGCUGGAACAUCGCCUACAACUGGACAACCCACUUCAAUCCCUGCCAUCCGACUUCAACACAGACGCCGAGGGAGACACCAUAGAGACCGACUCAGGCGACAGUGCAGAUGAGGACGAAGAUGACGGCAUAUACAGCGCAUCUGUCUCCAGACAGAACUCCGCGAAC